AAAUCUCUGGAACACUUGGAUAAUGUGACAAUUGUGAUGCAGUGAUGUCGACUCUCUGUCCACCACCAUCUCCAGCUGUUGCCAAGACAGAGAUUGCUUUAAGUGGCGAAUCACCUUUAUUAGCAGCUACCUUUGCUUACUGGGACAAUAUUCUUGGUCCUAGAGUAAGGCACAUUUGGGCUCCCAAGACAGAACAAGUACUUCUCAGUGAUGGAGAAAUAACUUUUCUUGCUAACCACACUCUAAAUGGGGAAAUCCUUCGAAAUGCAGAGAGUGGAGCUAUAGAUGUAAAGUUUUUUGUCUUGUCUGAAAAAGGAGUAAUAAUUGUUUCUUUAAUCUUCGAUGGAAACUGGAAUGGGGAUAGAAGUACAUAUGGAUUAUCAAUUAUACUUCCACAGACGGAACUUAGUUUCUAUCUCCCACUUCACAAGGUGUGUGUUGAUAGAUUAACACACAUUAUUCGGAAAGGAAGGAUAUGGAUGCAUAAAGAAAGGCAAGAAAAUGUUCAGAAGAUUGUCUUAGAAGGUACAGAGAGAAUGGAAGAUCAGGGUCAGAGUAUUAUUCCAAUGCUGACUGGGGAGGUAAUCCCUGUAAUGCAACUGCUUUCAUCUAUGAAAUCACACAGUGUUUCUGAAGAAAUAGAUAUAGCUGAUACUGUACUGAAUGAUGAUGAUAUUGGUGAUAGCUGUCAUGAAGGCUUCCUUCUCAAUGCCAUCAGCUCACACCUGCAAACAUGUGGCUGUUCUGUAGUCGUAGGUAGUAGUGCUGAGAAAGUAAAUAAGAUAGUGAGAACAUUAUGCCUUUUUCUGACUCCAGCAGAGAGAAAAUGCUCCAGAUUAUGUGAAGCUGAGUCAUCAUUUAAAUAUGAGUCAGGGCUCUUUGUACAAGGCCUGCUAAAGGACUCAACUGGAAGCUUUGUGCUACCCUUCCGGCAAGUCAUGUAUGCUCCCUAUCCUACCACGCACAUAGAUGUGGACAUCAAUACUGUCAAGCAGAUGCCACCCUGUCAUGAGCAUAUUUAUAAUCAGCGUAGAUACAUGAGAUCAGAGCUGACAGCAUUCUGGAGAGCCACUUCAGAAGAUGACAUGGCUCAGGAUACAAUCAUCUACACAGACGAGAGCUUCACUCCUGAUUUGAAUAUUUUUCAAGAUGUCUUACACAGAGACACUCUAGUAAAAGCCUUCCUAGAUCAGGUCUUUCAUUUGAAACCUGGUUUAUCUCUCAGGAGUACUUUCCUUGCACAGUUUCUACUUGUCCUCCACAGAAAAGCCUUGACAUUAAUAAAAUAUAUAGAAGAUGAUACGCAAAAGGGAAAAAAGCCCUUUAAAUCUCUUCGGAACCUGAAGAUAGACCUUGAUCUAACAGCAGAGGGCGAUCUUAACAUAAUAAUGGCUUUAGCUGAAAAAAUUAAACCUGGCCUACAUUCAUUUAUCUUUGGGAGACCUUUCUACACUAGUGUACAAGAACGGGAUGUUCUAAUGACUUUUUAAAUGUGUAGCUUGUUAAUUAUAUUUCAUCACAAUCAUGACUGCUGUUAAAGUAGCACAGUGGUGGGAGACAUAACCCUCUGGUCAUGCCCCCACAGUGCUACUCAGCAAUUGCAGUUAAUGGAGUUACACUACAGUUGUCACAAGAAAUCUGUAAGGGAGUAUCAGCUGCAUCGUGAGAAUGGCACCUCUUUUCCUGGAUGAACUAUCUUGGGAUACAUCUUAUGUUUACAGUUAUAAUAAAAAUUAUUGCUGUCUUUUAAAGAUAUAAUGAUAAUAGGAUAUAAACUUGACCACAACUACUGUUUUUUGAAACUUAAUGAUUCGUGGUUUACAUGGAUCAAAGUGAAAUCUGAGUUAGCUUUAACUAGGGAAAAUACUAGUUGACUCUCCAUUUUUUAGUGUUCCUU